ACACGGGAUGGUCAGUCAUGUGCCGUUUAUGUCAUCAGAUGUGAAUGCUGUCAUCGGCGGCGAGCGAAGGGGGAAGUGGAAUAAAAGGACGCACAGGCACAGCCUCAGUAGAAGUCAGGUCGGGUGUGGAGUGCGGUUGUGUUUCCGCGCUAGUUACUGGGUUUCCGUGAGUUUUGACUUCAUCUAACAUGGAUUGCGGUGUGGUAACUUCCAAAACCCUUCUCCUUUUCAUCAGCCUUGUUUUCUGGGCUGCAGGAGCUGUUCUCACUUAUGUGGGAGCCACCUUGUUAUCAACCAUGAAAAACUACAGUCACUUUUUUCAAGACAAGUACACUGUGCUCCCAGCUAUGAUUAUCAUUGGCGUAGCACUUGUGAUGUUUUUGAUUGGAAUCAUUGGAUGUUGUGCCACUCUGACAGAUUCUCGCUGUGGGUUGGGAUUGUUUCUGUUCAUCCUCCUCGUCAUUUCUGCUGCAGAGGUAUCUGCCUUUGUUCUGGGAUUCAUCUACAGAAGACAGGUCCAUGAAGGUUUGGAUAAGUCCAUGGUGGCUGUCUUUGAUAAAUAUAAUGGGGAAAAUGCAGAAAGCAGAGCUGUGGACUACUUGCAGACACAGAUGACAUGCUGUGGAAUUCUGAACUUCACCUACUGGGAAAAAACUGAGUGGUUCAAAGCAAACAAGACUCUACCCAUCAGCUGCUGUAAGGUUGAAUUUACCAACUGCACGGGCAAUGCAAGUCAACCCGAGCUGCUCAACACUGGAGGCUGCGAGUCCAAAUUGGAGAAAAACUUGGAAUCUAUUCUGAGCUACGUUAUGCUGACCACCCUGGGAUUUCUCAUCAUUCAGCUCUUUGGCAUGAUCAGCAUCUGUGUGCUCGCCUGCAGACGACAGGAGAAUGGCUACCUCCCUAUCCUACCAGGAACAUACGCAUGAAGGAAACCCAAGCCCUGAAGACUUGAGCUUGCCUUUAAGAACCAUUGCACUAUUAACAAGUGGAAGAAUGUUUAGACCCACCAAUUUAUUUCCAACUAUUUGUAAAAUGGGAACCACCACAAAGCAUUUUUACUUUUGAAGCUAUCGGUUGUUAACUUGGACCACUGGACUAAAUUGUGCUGAUCAUAAUCUAUGCAACACUUCACCCCUUUGUGGCUCUUCACUUGAGCGGUAGUAUUGUGACCAAAGUGGAAUAAAUGGUCGGGGGUUGCAUUUGAAAGGAGCUGCCCACUUGGUUCUGGGGAAGAAGGAUCCACAAUAUUUAAUAACUUGUAGUCAGAUGACCACGUUUCAUUUUGCAUUCAGUUGAUGGGGUGUAGUUUGGUUCACCAGGGGACCAUAAUCCAAGGAUACAAUUUGCCUUUGUUCAAUUUACUUUUAACAGGCUGCUGUAACCACCAUUGCACUUAUUUGCCUUAAACUAGUUUGGAAUUUUGUCAUUGGUGUUCAAUAGCAAGAACCCACUUUUGCUGUGAUUUAAAAAAGAACUGUGCACAAAUCACUAAUUCUUUCCUUGGCUGUGAAUACAAUUAACUAGAGGAUAAAUUGUUGCAUGUUUACUUGAUGAUUAAAAAUAAAUUGAUUCCAUAAUUAUAGCUAAGUUGUUCUAUCUGACCUGUGUUGCCUAUAAGUACAUUCAAGUUUGAAAAUUUAAAGUGCUUGUAUUUUUUUCUAAUCUUCAAAUAUGGCAGUUAAUGAUUUUUCACUCCUUGAUCAUAGUUACUGAGACCAUUUUUCCAGUCUCAUUUUUAAUAGUAUUGUCUUGAAUUGGUGUUUUGUAAUAGUUCAAUUCUCAGUCUUUCCUAUAAAUGUAAUCCAUACCUGGCUUGGAGACAGCUUUUAAUGCUCACAUGAAUGUGUAUAAUGUUAAUAAAAAUUAAAGAAACACAUCUUUG